ACCAAACAACUCGGUCACGUGUAGACUGAAGGCGAGGCUGCGUUCAUACAAAGAGUAAAUGUUGGACAGCACAGUGCUCUGUGAUGACUCGUGUCUCCGUUUAAUCUGUUAAAGUAACGCUUGAGGAAGUACAACGUGAGGGGCCGCGUAGGUGUCAGUGAGGGAAAACACAUAUUCUAGUAGCGAUAACACGAAUAUAAUGUUAAAAAAGGCAAAGAUAUUACACUGGUUAAAGUAUUAUAGUUUUUAAUUCAGUUUACCACAUAUACUAAUCAAGUAAUAUGUGCAUUAAUAGUCAGAUGUUUUUUCUUUUUCUCAUGUAACCACGCACAUUAUGAUGCGCUUUUUCGUGAAACACUCCCAUGUCCCACCACCUGGUGAUGAAUAUCUAUAGAUGCGAUGCAAAAUAUGGUCAGGUGGACAAAUACAUAUUUAUCCGCGACUGCGACUGCGCAUACUCCUUGCUCUGUUGCUACUCAGUUGUUGUAGUUACCAGGAAGAUUACCCGCGAUGAUCAACUGGCCCUGGCGAUACCAGCUAGCUAGCUAGCAGUAAGCGGAACCUCGGAGAUAAAGGCAAGUUUACGUGGGUGUGUGCUGGUCAAACUAACCGGACCCGGUUCCUCCCGUAACUAAAGUGACAUGACAGCGACGUUAAGUUGUAUUCCGCUAACGCUCGUCGGUCUGUCUGGACUUAACUCGCGUCCAGGUAGUCAGGAUGUCUUCUGUCCCCCAAUACAAUAAGGCUAACUGCUAAAUGUGAAGCUGCGAACGAAUCGACGUGACUUGUUCCGAGCCUCUGUUGCAUGGUUAUUGAUGACGGACGUGUUUGCAGUCGGAGGCGGUGAGCGUCAGGUGCCAUGGUGAGACCGAGACCCUCGAUGCCAGGAAGAUUUCCCCGGGCAGCUCGUCCUCUAUUCCCGUGAAGAUGCCCGCUGUGGUCCGCGAGAAGGAGGACUCUGAGUCCGAAGACGAAGACCACGCCUGCAUUGCCUGGAGCGGCCUCAGCAAGACCAUCCCGAUCCUCUUGUUUUUCCCUGAAGCUGCUGUUUCAAAAGAUGGGAGUAUCUGCUCUACUGGAGAGCGAUAUCAUUUGGCCUUCAAGAUUGUGCGCACAGAGAGUCGCCUGGUACGAGGACUACUCACCAAUCAUGGGUUCCACGAGGUUCACCCAAACAGCAAUGACUUUAACCUCAUGUGGAUGGGAUCUCAUCUCAAGCCUUACAUACUACGCAGCCUUCAAGACUUCCAGAAGGUCAACCACUUUCCGAGGUCGUAUGAAUUGACGCGCAAAGACCGCCUGUAUAAAAACAUCCAGCGAAUGCAGCAGACUCAUGGCUUCAAACACUUCCACAUCGUUCCUCUGACCUUUGUGCUUCCCUCUGAGUACCAGGAGUUCUGCAAUUGCUUUGCGAAGGACAAGGGCCCCUGGAUCGUAAAACCAGUGGCAUCUUCAAGAGGGAGGGGCAUCUACUUGGUCAGCAAUCCAAAUCAGAUAUUAAUGGACGAGAACACCUUGGUGUCUCGCUAUAUUAAUAACCCACUACUCAUAGAUGAGUUCAAGUUCGAUGUGCGGUUGUACGUGUUGGUGACAUCAUACGAUCCGGUCCUCAUCUACAUGUACGAGGAGGGUCUGGCUAGGUUUGCCACCGUCAAGUACGACCGGACUUCAAAGAACAUCAAGAACACAUUCAUGCAUCUCACCAACUACAGCGUGAACAAAAAGAGCAGCGAUUAUGUCAGUUGCGAUGACCCUGAAGUUGAGGAUUAUGGGAACAAGUGGAGUAUGAGUGCAGUGUUGAGGUAUUUGAAGCAGGAGGGGAAGGACACCACAUUGCUGAUGAGACAGGUGGAGGACCUCAUCGUCAAAGCAGUGUUGAGUGCCGAGCUGCAGAUAGCCAACGCCUGCAAGAUGUACGUCCCCCACAAGACAAACUGCUUCGAACUGUAUGGGUUUGACGUGCUCGUUGACUCCAACCUCAAACCCUGGUUGUUAGAGGUGAACCUUUCCCCCUCGCUGGCCUGUGAUGCACCCUUGGAUCUGAAAAUAAAGGCCAGCAUGAUUGCAGACAUGUUUUCGCUCGUGGGCUUUGUGUGUCAGGACCCCCUAUCGAGACAACCACGCUCUGACCGAGUCACCCUGGACCACAGCCUCAAGCACCCAGCAGCCCAAAGAACACAGCGCCAGAGGUCAGCACCCGCUACUAACUCGGACACAGAGGGGUCGAAAGACAAGCUCCGAUCUAACCAGGGCCAAGGAGAAAGCACUUUGAGCUUGACCGCUGACGAGAUCAAAGUGCUGAGGAGGAUAAAGGAAGAGUACGAGAGACGGGGAGGCUUCAUUAGGAUCUUCCCCACCGCAGAAACCUGGGAGCUGUAUGGUGGAUAUCUGGAGUCCAAGACAUCGUUGAACUUCAUGUUGGCAAACAGACUUUUCCAUGAAAGGAAUGUGAACGGGAAUGUGCAGCCGCAGGUGGACGCCAGCCACGGACGUCACGAUGUCCAGUACGAGAGAAAGCUGCCGCCUCUGGAGGCACGGAAGAGGAGACAGCGCCACCCGACUCAUCGCUCUGCCGCAGGGAAGAAGAAAUCCGGGAAGGAACCCAAGGCCUCCCCGAUGGAGAGCAGCAGUCAGGAGGGAGAGGACUGCGCUCAGGAGGAAAGGGAGGAGGCCAAACAAGCUCUCGAGUCAGUCUCACACAAGGCUUUGGUCACAGAGCAAAGAAAACAAGUGGCUCUGUCCGGCUCAGAGGCCGCCCCGCACAAUGCCAGGCCCAGAGUCCACCUGCUCAACAUCCUUCAGCAGGGCUGGGACCUCAGUAAAGUGCAGGCCCGCAUGGCGUUUUCCUCAUACCUGCAGCGAGUCCAGCAAAGACUGCUGGUAGAAAGCCGGGCGAACACCAUCCCAGCCUGGCCAGACAAGGACAGCGACCAAAUGGAGCUGGUGGUUCGCUUCCUCAAGAGAGCAGCCAGUAACCUUCAACAAGACAUAAAGGUGGUCUUGCCCAGUCGACAGCUUCCACUCCAAGACCGCAGACGCAUCCUGUCCCACCAGCUCGGAGAGUUUAUCCACUCUUACAACAAGGAAACUGAACAUGUGGUGAAAAAAAACGAGAAGAGCAUGGAGGAGCAUUGCGUUAACCCCAGUGUGUUUCAGGAGUACAUCGCUGCAGCAAGUGAAAACGAUCUGGAGGAAGUUCUGACAUUCUACACGCAGAAAAAUAAAUCGGCCGCCGUUUUCCUCGGAACAAAACUCAGGAGUGUUAAGAGAGACGGUCGCGAGCUGAACGCCUUAAGAGAUUACGGCAACUGUGAGAACUCCAAAACUCUCCCUGUGGCCAAAGAGGAUUCCAGUGCUUCCGAGUCCUCGCUCUCCAGAGGUAAAGUCAGCUGUGACCCAGACAUCGAGAGCCAGCCCUCUGUCCACAGAACCGGUCAAACCCAGCCUGAGGUCCAGGCCUCCAGCUUUCCUGUGACUUUAGACUGCACCCAUACCCAGCGCUGCUCCACAGCCCCGACGUCCCUGCCCCUCCACUGUCCGCCCCCGCCGCCGCCUCUUCAGCCCCCGUCCUAUGCACAGUCCUUGGCUAAAUCUCAAUUUUGCCAUCCCGAGACUCUCUCUGACCCUCCUGCAUACACCCCGGCGCUCGUGGUCACACGGCCCCAGAGCGCCGCGUGGACAGCGGUUCCCACCGGCUCUCGCACAAUCUGUAGUGGAACGGCCGCCCGGGCGCUUAGGAGGAUUCAGUCCUUCACCUCAACGACGUCCAGCUCUGGAGCCGCGCACAUCGAUAACCAGAAGCUCUCUCGACCUACCUCUGCGGGCCAAGCGAUCAGGAGGAGCAGUUCCAGUAAGCUGAAGUCCAACUCAACGGGGACUUUAAAGGAGUUAAAUUCGCUGUCGGCCCAAGCCCAGUCCAACCAGCAAGCCUUCAUCUCAGCCCUGCAGAAACUGGCUGACAAGCAGGUUGCUCGCCACUAUGCCAGCUCCAGUCACAUCAACCUGCUGACACAACACUUGACCAACCUGAACCUGGCCAACAGGAUGCGGAGCGGAGAGAGCGGCACACCGACCCCCGAAGGGCGGCCGGCCGCUGCCACGACCCAAGGGCCGGUGAAGGCGGUUCACUCCGGAACAGAUCGAUGGAGCGGCACUAUGCCCCUGAAGCAUGAGGAGGGUCUUUGGGAUGGUCAGAUGCAGAGUGCCUAUAGCUUGGUGACAGGGGUGAACCCCCAGCAGAGCUACCAGCUUCAGUUUGCUAUACAGAAACUACAACAGCAAAGACUUCAGUCUCGGCAGUUUCUGGACCAAAGCCAUUGCAGUCACCAGUUGUUUUUCUUGUUUCUUAGGCUCAAUUUCCAGACCAGACAAGUUCUCCACUCGCCCAGCCUCCCAAAAACUCAUCCGGCUGCCCUCUGCCCAGCUUCCAUAUCCGGUCCAAUCACAGCCACAGUCAAACCUGUGUCAGUCCUCCUGCUCUCGCCCCAAAGCCACCCAGCAGUGCCAGAGAGGGGCAGACCAGGAAAACAGCGACAAAGCGCCUCGUCAAGCAGACGUCCGCGGAGAGCUCGGCCGGUGGAAGCCUGCCCGGCGGCCGGCGCGUGGUCUACGAAGCCGUCCGUGGUCAAACAGGUCUCAUCUGUGAUCCGGAGCCCGAUCACAGAUGACAUGAAAGCGACCGGCGGCGUGUCCCGCCCCUCUGCUGGCCUGACAGGUGCCUCUGCAUGUAACUGCAUCCUCACAGAGGUGUAUUCUGGGAAAGGACAACAGCAACAGACGGAAGAUCUGAGACAUCAAACGGGGGUCCUCGUCACCGCUCUGUGAUCCGGCCACAGACGUGCAACGAGGAUAGUCUUCCAGGCCAGGAAUGGCCAGCUUUGAUGCAGCUUGGGAUUUUAUUUGCUCAGCUCGACAUACGUUGGCCUUUUCAACUCCCCCCCCCCCCCCCUCCCUUUGGCUACUCUCAUACAUCCUAACAGUUGUCCGCCCUCAUUCUCUCUCCAUGCUACUGAUACCGCGGGAAGAUCUGACAGAUCGCCUUCAGCAGAUGGUUCUUCAAUGCACCAGUGGCAUAUUUCAACGACAGGAUUCAACCUUUUAUUCUCUGCUCGAUAUUUGUAUCUUACUGCAAAGUUAUACAAACAGACAAGCGUGCAGAGAAGCUUCUCCCACGAGGACUCUGGCGUCGGACGCUCCGACUCCAGGUCUUUGUUUCAAGACAAGUUGUCGCCAAAUGACCAAAACUGGCCGUCGCCUAAGGACGCGUUAAAGCAUCGCAUCCUCCGCUCGUCGGCUUAAAAGCACGACUGGCUCCCGCCUCGUUCCUCGUUUACAAGGACGACGUCACAGUGUCGCUGUGAUGUUUACGUUUUGUACCAAGAGGAUAACACGGUUGGCUCGUGCGUAUUCCUGUCACCUGUUGAGAUGUUGAUGUUGUUUACCUGAAAUGGACCAAAUUUCAUAUUUUUUGUAAACUCAAUAUGUAGAUUAUUGUUAAUAUAUCAGUAUUGAUAUACAGUUCAUCGUCCACCAAACGCCAUCUCUGUAGCUCGAGGCUGAACACCCUCGUGGAUAUUCUUUGCUCGUGAGCAUUUAGUGAGUUAACUCAGGGUGUGUUCAGAGAAUGAAACAUUUGUGUUGUAUAUCAGAAGUUUCAGCAUAUGUUUGCGAUGACGAGCAGCAAUACUUGAAUGUCACGCAUGUUUUUGUCAUGUCAACGGAUGAUUAUUAUCAUCGUGAUUUUGUACAGUAGUUUUUCAACUGGUUUUAAUACAAUCGAUAGUGUUGUGGUCGGUGUUGUAGAUGGACUACUUUACGACGCCAGCGCAUGAUGUGUUACAAGGAACAGUGGACUCCAAAUCAACGCGCGUCCUCUCCUGCGGUGACACAAGGUUUACAGUCGGAUCAUUUCAUCUGUUUGGUUGCUGAUGGUUUACAACACGCAUGCAUGGGAUUGUAAUGUUUUCGGAAUCAAGUCAGUCUGUAUCCAACAUGGAAAUGAACCCCGAGACGGCGUCGAAACAUGCCGAUCAUGUCAGUAAAUGCAUUUGUUGUCAUUGCUGGACUUUGAUUUCUUCACUUUUGCCAUCAGAAUGAACCCCAUUACCUCAAUGAAAUAAAGUGCUCUAAAAUACUAAACUAGAACGGGCACUCGGUAGAGCGCAUACCUUCGCAUAUCACAAGAUUGGGCAUUGAAUUAUGAACAUGUUGGCAUUAGUUGCAUGCCGAUUGGAUAGAAAUUGACCGUGCUUUGGUAAAAAGAAGAGUUUGACCUUUCCAUGACCUUGACCUUUGACCCGAUCGAUCCCAAAAUCUAAUCAAAUGGUCCCCGGAUAAAAACCAAACAUCCCACCAAAUUUCAUGCGAUUCAAGAAUAUGUUGACCUUGGCUUUGACCUUUGACCCAAUCGAUCCCAAAAUCGAAUCAAAUGGUCCCCGGAUAAUAACCAACCAUCCCACCAAAUUUCCGGUUUAAAACUUUUUUUGUUAUGCGAAUAACACGCAUACAAAUAAAUAAAUAAAUACACGGCGAUCAAAAUAAUAACCUUCCGCAUUGUCAAUGCGAAGGUAACAAACACAGUAACACAUCCAACAAUAAUGGAAUUAGAACAAUUCUAUCCAACUGUCCAUUUUUAAUAAAAAAUAAAAAAAACAAGGUGUUUCCAAGAGUAAUAGGAAAGACGUUUACAGUUUGUGAUCUAGUUAAACGUUCGCUUCGUGACAUACAUCGUCUCAUACGACAGAGAGGCUCCACAACGAUCCCUGGAACCUCCGUCCUGUUGUAUGACAGAGGUAAACAUAACCGUGGAAAUAUGACUU